ACGUAAGGUUUUCCUGAGAGCAGCUGGUCCCGACUGCGAACUUCGCGAUCAAAAUUGGUGAAGACUUUCUUAGUGCCUACUUAUUUGUCUGCUGCUACAAUUGUUUCGGCUAUUUGCCAGUGCUAGGUUCACUACGCCCGAACAUUUGGCAGAAGUUUCACACUUGAAACAAAGCGGGGACGCUCUAGAGCCUGCUCAACAAUUUUAAAAAGGGGGAUUUAACAAAAUAAUCACAACCGAGAAGAUGUCGAAAGGGAAGAAGAGUAUUUCCGUGAAGAUCAAGACUGGUCAGCCAGGACAUGGCGAAGAAAGGAAGGACGAGGAUGCUGUGCCGCCAGUCCAGUGUUCCCCAUGGAAGAAAGGCGGCGACUUCAACCUUCCCCUUCACGGGAAACUCACUAUCCCGCCAAAUUGUCUGCAGGGAAAGAAAGACGCCAUAACCUGCACACUACUGACACCUAGUGACAGAAAUAUCCACAUGCCGAGUCUAACCAGAGAUGAACACCUAGCAAGCGAGAUCUUUCUUUUUGAGUUUAAUGGGACAAAAAUGAAGGGUUCGUUGGUAUUCAUCCUCCCAUAUUAUGAAGUAGACUAUACGUACUAUGACAUUGUGCUCAAACAGAAGAAACCGGAAGCGGAUGAGUGGGAGAGUAUUGAUAUGACGUCAAGUGACGCUGAAAAGCGUCUAGUAACAUUUGAAUCAGAAACUCUCGGUGCUUUUGCAAUAGUUUCCCGUCUGAAAUUAGAAUCAUUCGACAUUAGUCCCCAAGGGUGUAUCUACAAUGCCAAGAUUGGGAAGUACAUUUCCAUACGGUUUCCUAAAAAGGCCACCGAGACUCCAUUACUCUGCGGAAUACAGAUCCACCCAACAGACCAGAAUCAACUCCAAGUAAUCAAAAGCGAACAUCCAACAGAAUUCUACGAAUUUCUGGGAGCAACAGACAUCUUUGAAUUCCGACACAAUGGACCUAGGCCCGAUUUCAAAAGACCAGUCACAAUGAAGCUGCCAUUGACAUCCGUGUUUGAAGAAGAUGAAAACACAGAAGAUAUCUGCAUCAUGCUGAAGACAGUUAAAGGGUGGGAAGUGCUGGAAAACCCGCUGAAGUUCACGCGCCAAAAUGUUUCAUUUGACGUCAAGAUAUUCACAAAAUUCUGCAUAGCGAAAUCUCGACCAGGACGCCAGAGGUGUUUGCCAGAGGCUUUAAAGAUAAUCGAGGAGAGGAGCAAUAAAAUCAAAGUAGACCACGUGGCAAUGGUCAAAUUGGAGCAAAAAUACUGGUCUAUACUUGUGCAAUGUGUCCAAAAAGACAAACGUGACGAUAUUGUGGCCAAACGCAAGGAGAAAGGAUGGGUGGAAAUAAAACUACCGGAAACCGAAACAGAACAGGACGACAAUUCGUCAGGUUUCCCGCGCUUUAACUCUAGAAGACGUCACAAGCCAGUGGAACAGAAAUCCGGUUGUAAGGACACAGAGUACGCGGAUGGAAAGGAGAUUCUUUUAAAACUACAGGGUGAGGUCCAGGUCAAGGUCAAACCAGUGGCUCCACCUGAGAACGAAAUGGAGGUUGAUGGCGAGGGAGAAAACGAUGAAAACAAAGCUUCGGAGGAAAAUAAAAAUGAUAAAGUGAACUUUGACCUUCAAUCAAAACUUAACUCUAUUGGCCUCAAAGAUGAUGAAAAACCCAAAGAAGAUUAUGAUUCCCUCUUUUUCAACAGUUUACUUCCUGAGAGCUAUAAGAAGUAUGAAAUAGAGCCCGUCCAUUCUACUGAAAAAGACUUGUCUGGGACUUUGAACUUGUAUUAUAGAAACGAAGAUGGGGGAGUCUCUCAAUUCAACACAGUCAGCGUUAACAUCAGUGAAAGUGCCGUGAAGGACUACUUUUACGUUGAACCCCCGCCGCCGGAGCCAGAACCAGAACCUGAACCGGAACCGGAAGUUGAGCCCGAAGAGCCAACCCCACGACCAAAGACCGUGACCUAUAGGAACUUUGAGAGCGAGUCCUUCAUGAGGAUUACGCAGUCCAAACGGGCAAAAAUAUCUGUGCCAAAAGAAUCCAAAACGAUGUCUGGCCGGAGUCUUAUGACACUGGCCAAAGAGAUCGAACAGGGGCUUACGCUAGCCGUAUAUUUGGACAUUCCAGACAGCACCAUCACAGGAAUAGGUUUUGACGCGCUGUCGAAUGGACUAAGCCUAAUUGACGUCACAUAUAAAAUACUAAUGUACUGGAAGAGGAAGACUAAGAAAGAGAGACAAGUGGAGGAAUUGGCGUACGGUCUUCGAGGAAUGGGUCGACCCGAUGUGGCCGCUGUUCUGAUGGAAAGGCACAAACAGAAUUUGGAAUUGACGCCAGAUUGUUUUAAAUACUGAACAUGACAAACUAUACUGGUGUAGGGUGGCGUCCACAGCAGAGAUAGGACCAGCGUUCUCGUCCUCAUUCAUCACGUUAACAACUAUAUUAGUUUAUGGAAGUCGUUUUGAAAUUAACAGCGAACGCGUGGAUGCAAAAAAAAAA